AUGUCGGAGGGGUUCAACAAUGCCAUGACCAAUAGGUCUCUUCGCGUGAUCAAGACGGAGCUCGAGUUCCUCGUCGACUCCAACGUGAUUACGAGUCAGCAGUUCAACGCCAUCAUUAACCACCUCCCCCUCUCCACCUCGAUGCAUGCCCCGCUGCCCGCCGCCCAAGAAAUCCCUAUCCCGCAGAUGAAUAACCUGAACAUCAAGAAAGAGUCAACACCAGAGCCAGAGAAGAAGGUUGGAUACUAUGCCGCCGAGACCAGCGCUGCUAACCUACCGCCACCGGCCUACCCAACACCGCCAGCUGCUCCCGUCGGCCCUCCGGCUCUCGCACACGCCACCGCCAUGUAUCAGUAUAAUGCACAAGACGCCGGCGACCUUGCACUGAUGCCAAAUGACAACGUCGUCGUUACUGAGUACAUGAACAACGAGUGGUGGAAGGGACGCAAUGAGCGCACCGGACAGGAGGGCAUCUUCCCUGCCAGCUACGUCCGCCGCGAGGAAAAAGCCAUUGUUCCCCCAGGACCAUCGCCAUUACCGUCCGGACCACAACCUAGCAACUACGGCAACAUGCCGCUGGAUGUUAGCAAUGGCGCGACGAGUGAUCCUCAUCAGCAGCCAGGGAAGGGUGGGGAGAUGGGCAAGAAGUUCGGCAAGAAACUGGGCAAUGCUGCCAUCUUCGGAGCUGGUGCAACUAUUGGUGGAAAGAUUGUCAACGGCAUAUUCUAA